CGACGGCACCGGCGACCGCCGCCUGCCAAGCUCUUCUGAGCUUCGUGCAAGCUGGGUCUGGCUGAAUGAGGCAAGCUUGCCGGCUCCGAACGCAUGCGGCGGCGCACUGCCCGAGGUUGACCGCUCCGCCGUCCUCUUUGACGUCACCACCAAAAAUAAUGUGGCGUCCUGGACAUGUUCCUGAGAGGCGCACUCGCUGCUGUUCUCUCGUGCAAGGAAGACGGGCACCAGACAUCGCCCACUUGUGCUGCUCAGAACAAUAUUUUCUCGCACUUCUAGUCCGCACUUUCUUUUGUCAGAGUUGCUCCAUUGUACGCCAUCAAGGAAUAUCCCGACACGGCGACUGCGCACGGACCUGCGGCCCUGGUGCUGGUGCUAUUCGCACCCUUCUCGUUUUUGCGGUCGACGCCAUUGCCCUGUUCGCUUCUGCUUAUCGUACACUCGCAGCCGCGAUCGUGUCGGCCCGCGAGCUCGGUGUGUCAUCUUAUCUCGCUACCGAAGCAGGGAAGGAGCGGCUCCGCCGGGUCAUUGCCCCCGGCCUGCAGGCAUCCUCGUUCAACUCGGGCCCGCCUCUCACGUCCCUUUGCUCCCCGACGUCAGCUCUUUCCCGCUCUCCUCCUCCAGCCCAGUCUCUCUCUCCGCGUUUGCGACAAACGCCGAACGUCGUUGUACCUAAGUCCAGGGCCCCAAGCCUGCCUCCGGCGUUGGCCCCACACCGCCUCUUCGACAUCGCAUUGUAGCCUCGUCCGUCGACAAGGCAUCCUCGUCAUCCUCUAUCCGACUACUCCGUCUAUCAGAGUCAACGAUACCCCAUACCCCCUUCGACACACUCAUCCUGUCAUUUUCGUCCUAUAACCGCCAUCUUGUUCAAGAAGAAUUUCCAUAUCGCCGCGGUCAACAAUCUCCAUUCUCCACAGCCCUUCUACUCCCCAUUCCCUCCAUCUCGGAGCUAGCACGUCCACGUUCUAACUUGUCAAGCCAAGCCUGCCACCACAGCGCACUCGCAAGGCUCCCUCAAUCUA